AUGGGGAGAGGGCGGGUGGAGCUGAAGCGGAUCGAGAACAAGAUCAACCGGCAGGUCACCUUCGCCAAGCGCAGGAACGGCCUGCUCAAGAAGGCGUACGAGCUCUCCGUGCUCUGCGAUGCCGAGGUCGCGCUCAUCAUCUUCUCCAACCGCGGCAAGCUCUAUGAGUUCUGCAGCGGCCAGAGCAUGCCCAAGACACUUGAGAGAUACCAAAAAUGCAGUUACAGUGGUCCAGAUACUGCAGUACAGAAUAAAGAGAACGAGUUAGUGCAGAGCAGUAGAAAUGAGUACCUCAAACUGAAAGCGCGAGUGGAAAAUCUACAGAGAACCCAAAGGAAUUUGCUUGGUGAAGAUCUGGGGUCACUAGGCAUCAAAGAGCUCGAAGAGCUUGAAAAACAACUUGAUUCAUCGUUAAGGCACAUAAGAUCUACAAGGACACAGCAUAUGCUUGAUCAGCUCACUGAUCUCCAAAGGAAGGAGCAAAUGUUGUGCGAAGCAAAUAGAUGCCUUAGAAGAAAACUGGAGGAGAGCAGCCAGGUGCAUGGCCAUAUGUGGGAGCACGCUGCCAACUUACUUGGCUACGACCAGCGACAGUCUCCGCAGCAGCAGGCACCACACCACGGCGGCAACGGGUUCUUUCACCCGCUGGACGCCGCCUCCGAACCCACCCUGCAGAUUGGGUUUACUCCGGAGCAGAUGAGUAGCUCAUGCGUCACGGCCUUCCUGCCGACGUGGCUGCCUUGA